CUCCGUGUUGCCCCAGAUCCUCCUCCCCUGCCACCGUUGUUCCCUCAGACCCGAAUAGUCCUCCGCAUGUGGGGCGCACUAGAGUGUAAAUGACCGGACAAGACAUAUUUUGGCUUAUGCAACCUGAGCAAGUAUUGUAUUCGAUUUCCCGGACACUAUCUCAUACUGACAAUACUUAUCGCAUCACUGAAUCCUUCAAUACAAUCGCUACGUAUGAGGACAUAGACUCCAUUCACUCUGGAAAGUCAGUCAGCCAUACCGUACGUUUGGCUCCGGUAACUACUUUAAGUCGAAUCGAUACCUCACAAGCAAACGCCUGUGAAAUAACUACCCAACAAGACUCGAAUGGUUAUGUCAACUUGUUUGGCAGGACGUACAGUGGUGGAAGGGCUCAGCAGUCACUGAGUGCAGGAGCAAUACCGCAUCGUCCCUCGUGUGUCAUGCCAAGAAUGAGAACGCAAGUUGAGCAUUGGCAGAAUGAAACCUCUGAUCGAGGGGCAUUUAUUGUCUUGACAUGCCCCGUGAUCAGACAUCUACUGGGAAAGAAGACCGGAAAGCUGAAAGAGCAUGCCUUUCUAUGAUGUUCUAGGUACUUUGGUUCCUCUUGCCUGGGGCUAGUCAUCUCUUGCCUUGGGGCAAAAACUUCAAGGAAGUCACCUGCGCAGGAUAGAUCAUUGUGCCUUCCCAUCAUGCACUGGUUGUUGCCGGCCAACUUCUGUUGCUCUUCGAGUGUCCCAACUUCGGCCAUGUUCGUCCGAA